AUUUCCACCGAGUCCAGUUUUUACAUUAAUUAACAAAAUAGAAAAAUUGUGUCACUUGAAACUGUGUCAAAAGGAUGGUGGCGCCCUAAUUAAUGGUCAUUCUAGCCCCAGCUUUGAGUUACACUGGAGCAGCCUGUCACAGAGCGAUAUCCCUAUACCAAGAAUGUCACCUGCACAGUAGCCCUAGCCAUGCAACACGCCGCCUGCGCACAGAAAAGGAUUUAUCAAAACAAUGGAUUUUUGGAUAAUUUAACACUUUGAGAUUUUGUAUUUCUAGACAAUGGUUCUUUGUUCAUAGAUUAUUCAUUGUUGUGUGGACAGUCUGUUGAAGGAUGGCCUCAUCGAAUGGAAAGGAUGCAAAAGUUUCCAAGUUUGAGACACUUAAACUUUUAGAAAAGUGCAGGAAGGAAAGAGAUGACGCUUUGCACCGAGAGAGUGUUUUGAGGGAGAAGCUGAGGCAGUAUGAAUCCAGGAUGCGCUCCACAGAGGCACUGAAGCAGAAACUGAAGACCUUGACCAUGGACAACAAAGAUCUGAGGAAACAAGUGAAGACCCUCCGGACUGAGAUCGGACUAGAGGCCAGUCCCAAGUUCAACGGCAAGACCACCAAGGAUAUCAUCACUGACCUGCAUGAGAAGGAGCGAGAGUGUGUGUCUCUGGUGGAAAAAACAGGUAAACUCAGUCUGACCAUCGAUGAUCUGACGUCAGAACUGGCCAACACAGUCACGUCCAAAACACUGCUGGAGGACCAGGUUCAGAGCCUCCAGCAGAACCUCAAGGACAUGACCAACAACCAACGGCGGCUGCUGAAGCUCUGGGAGGACAAGAAGGUCCAGAGGGAACAGCUUGCACUGCCAGCGAUCAACCAUAAAGCUGGACAGAAACAGUUCACUCACAGACAUGUUCAGACUGAAAUGUCCAUCGGAUUAUCUCAGAAACUACCCGCCAAUGCCUUUGAAACCAAGCCAUUCACUCGGGAAAAUGACAAGAAGACUGUUCUGGAUAAACACAGUUUCCAAAGUUAUGGAAAUGGUUACCACCAUGACAAAGGAAUUCAUAACUGA